AUGCGACCAUUACUUCGUCUCCACGUCAAAUCGACUCUUCCUAAAAUCCUCACACCUCGUCUUUACUCCACCGCCACAUCGGGUCGUCCGCAAUUCAUAUCCUCUUUCCAAAUCCCGACCCCGCAUUCCAAUGGUACUAUUCGUGUUCUAUCGCUUUGUCGUCCCGAAGCUCGUAAUGCUAUUAGUAUACAAUUAUUACAGGAAUUGCGUGCCCAUGUAGAUGAUAUUGCGGCGGAAUAUGAUGCGGAUGGGAAUGAGAUUCGAAAGGUUAGACCGCAGGGGGAGGAUGGACCGACUAGGGCUUUGAUUAUUACUAGUGAGGUUGAUGGGGUAUUCUGUGCGGGAGCAGAUUUAAAAGAGAGGGCUACUUUUACACCUGAGAUGACUCAAACAUUCCUUCAUAAUCUUCGCUCGACAUUCACCAAACUUUCCGCCCUUCCAAUUCCAACUAUCUCUGCCAUUUCUUCAGUUGCUCUUGGCGGUGGUCUCGAGUUAGCUCUCUGUACACAUAUGCGGGUCCUUGCCUCAACAGCCGUAGUAGGAUUACCUGAAACUCGUCUUGGUAUAUUACCUGGUGCAGGCGGUACAUAUAGACUACCCGCUUUGAUAGGAGUUGGCCGAGCGCGAGAUUUAAUAUUGACGGGGAGGAGAGUUAGUGGUCCGGAAGCUUAUUUCCUAGGGAUUGCGGAUAGAUUGGUUGAGGUUAAAGAAAAUGAGGGGGAGAGUGGGGGUGAAGGAAAGGAAAAGGGAGAUUUGAUGAAGAGGGCUAAAGAGGCGGUUUUGAAGGAGGCGGUUCUUCUUGCAGGAACGAUUUGCGAGGGAGGUCCCGUGGCCGUGAGAAGUGCGUUGAGAGCUGUUGGGUGGGCGAGGGAGGAUGUAGAAAAUGAAAUGUAUGGAAGAGUGGUAGGUACUGAAGAUAGAGAUGAGGCAUUGGUUGCUUUUAGGGAAAAGAGGAAGCCUGUUUUCAAGGGAAGAUGA